GUCAGUCAAGUAUAUAUAUAUUUUUUUGUGUGACGCAAAAAAGAUGUCUUUUUCUCAGUUGAUUAACGCUCUCCUACGGCCCUGUAAAAGGUUCCAUCGCUUUCUUCUGCAAAACAUGGCGACUCCAGUAAAAGUGAGCGUCCUUUUGAAAAAUGUCGGCGAGCUUUGUGAAGGUCCGCACUGGGACGAGGCUAGUGGCAAGCUAGUAUGGAUGGACUGUAUGCAGAAACUUGUGCAUGUCACUGACGUGGACUCAGGCAAGGAUCAGAAGUAUCAAUUUGACAAUGUUGUAGGGGCAGGAGUCCCAAAAGAGCAAAGCAGAUCACUUGUGAUGGCAUCUGGACGAGACUUCAUCUUUCUUGACCUUGAGACAGGCACAAGAGAAGUUGUUGCAAAGGUUGAUGAUGAUCGCCCUCACAACCGAUUCAAUGAUGGAAAGUGUGACCCUGCAGGGCGGUUUUGGGCAGGAACAAGAGGAGUUCAGGAUGGAGAGAUUUUAAACAGGCAGGGCAGACUUUAUUCUUUUGAUUGUGGCAGGUCUACUAGAGCACACGUAGAUGGGGUCACAAUUUCCAAUGGACUCGCUUGGAGCAACGAUGGGAAAACUCUGUACUACGUGGAUUCAAUUCCCCGAACAGUGUCUGCAUUUGACUACGAUGUGGCAUCCGGUAACCUGAGCAACAGAAGAGUUGCUAUUCAGCUGCCACCCUCCAGAGGGGAGCCGGAUGGAAUGACAAUAGAUAAAGAUGGCAUGCUAUGGAUCGCUAUUUGGGAUGAGGGCAAGGUUGUUCGCUUUGACCCUAACACGGGCGAAGAACUCCAAUCUGUCAGUUUUCCUGUUGCUAGGACAACGUCAUGCUGCUGGGCGGGGCCAAAUUAUGAUGAGCUGAUUGUGACAACCGCUAGGAUUGGCCUUACCCCUUCACAGCUGAGAGACCAACCCCUCGCAGGAUCCAUCUUCCGGGUCAAGAACCUGGGAACACGCGGCUCUCCCGCCGUAAAGUAUCACGGCUAGUGACAAAAUCAACCGACGAUAAUAACAGGCGACAUGCGAUAAGAGACUGCGCGUGACUUUUUGGGUGCCAAAGUUGCACCGUUUUUUGACGGCAAACGCGCGCGCACUGUUUUUUUGUCUAUCACCAAAAAGCAACUUUAUUCAGCGCCCUUACAAAUCAGAUGUUACAUAGGGUUUAUUUUUAUUGAAAUAUUUUAUCAUUUGGCGCUCUUGCGUGACGCCCGCAGCUGUUUCUGUGUCUAUGUUGAUGGCGCGAGAGAUUUCUGAAAUAAAGUGAAUUUCGGGAGACUGCAGCUGUACUGUGAAAGGAUAAAGUUGCAAGAAUUUGUCGAGUAUCUUAUCGGGACCGUACAAAACAACCUUUAGUCACUAUAUAGGCGUGGUUUUAUUUCAAAUAUAUUACGUCUACAUAAGAAACUUGUACUUGUUACAAGAAAGUCUUGGAUUUAACAACUUUUUUUUUCCACUUCUAAUGGGAGUGUGGAAUUGAAGUUUAUCACAGCCCGCUACACUAAUUUUACCUUCAGCCUUCUUUCAGUUUUUGUAUCAAAUUUCUAUCCCAUUAAAAUUUCACAAACAUUCUUUAUCUCCUGGUUGAACGAGAUUGUUAACCUGCCUUAUUAUAAUCAUGUUUUUCUUGUAUUCUGCUAAUUUAUUAAUAAAAUAAUACCUUUUGAAACUA